CGAGCCCAAGAUGCGGCGGGGCUGGAAGAUGGCUCUGUCUGGGGGGCUGCGGUGCUGCCGCCGGGUACUAUCCUGGGUGCCAGUGCUGGUGAUUGUCCUGGUCGUGCUCUGGUCCUACUAUGCGUACGUCUUUGAACUCUGCCUGGUUACUGUUAUGAGCCCAGCAGAGAAAGUUAUCUACCUCAUACUCUACCAUGCCAUCUUCGUAUUUUUUGCCUGGACCUACUGGAAGUCUAUCUUUACGCUCCCACAGCAGCCCAACCAAAAGUUCCACUUGUCCUAUACAGACAAGGAGCGCUAUGAAAAUGAAGAGAGACCCGAGGUCCAGAAGCAGAUGCUUAUUGAUAUGGCCAAGAAGCUCCCAGUGUACACAAGAACUGGAAGUGGAGCUGUACGAUUCUGUGACCGGUGCCAUCUGAUCAAGCCAGAUCGCUGCCACCACUGUUCUGUCUGUGCCAUGUGUGUUUUAAAAAUGGACCAUCACUGCCCUUGGGUUAAUAACUGCAUUGGAUUUUCCAACUACAAAUUCUUCCUUCAGUUCUUAGCUUAUUCUGUUCUCUACUGCCUGUACAUUGCUACGACAGUCUUCAGCUAUUUCAUCAAAUACUGGAGAGGGGAAUUGCCCAGCCUUCGCUCUAAGUUCCAUGUCCUUUUUCUCCUCUUUGUGGCCUGCAUGUUUUUUGUCAGCCUUGUGAUUCUCUUUGGUUACCAUUGUUGGCUUGUCAGCAGAAACAAAACUACCUUAGAGGCCUUCUGCACUCCAGUGUUUACAAGUGGCCCAGAGAAAAAUGGAUUCAACCUUGGCUUUAUCAAGAAUAUCCAGCAGGUUUUUGGAGAUAAUAAGAAAUUAUGGUUAAUACCUAUUGGGUCCAGCCCUGGUGAUGGACACUCCUUCCCUAUGAGGUCUAUGAAUGAAUCUCAGAACCCACUGCUAGCAAAUGAAGAACCCUGGGAAGACAAUGAAGAUGACAAUCGAGAUUAUCCAGAAGUCUCCUCUUCGCUGGCUGUGGAAACAGAAACGUAGCAGUUUUCAUGUUUCCUGUGUCUCUCAGACAGGACCCACCAUCUCCCAUGAGGCUUUCAGAGUUCAGUGUUGGGAACCAUUCUAAUCCUCAAAAUCAGUCACCACGUUGGCGUGAUUCCUUCACAAUUUGAAAGCAUUCCAUCUAAUACUUGCAGUGCAGAUGUUUCAGGACGUUACAAAUUAAUUUACUGAAUGAACCCCAGUUUGGCAUUAAUUACUUCAAGUUAGUUUUUUUUCCCAUUCUUGCCCGCACCAAUCCAUGAAAAGCCUAAGUGUAAAAUGUCUGUCUUUACAUUCAUCCUGUCAGGUAAAAGGGAACUCAGAAGACUACCUUGGAGGGGGGGGGGUGUCUUUAGUUCCCCUCCAAAGACUAUUAGUCAUAUCUGCAGGGUCUAUUAGGUAUUGAGGAGAAUCAGUGUAUAUUUGCUGCUUGUGUGCAUGUGCAUUCAUAAGCAUGUAUAUGUGCAGCAUCGCUAUCCAACAUUCUGCUGUAAUGUCAUGAAAAUCAAGGUUGAAACAAAUGGCAGCUUUUAUUUAAUCAUGCUUUCCCAAAUAGCAAUUUAGAUAUUUGCCGAGCUUUGAACUAUCCUUGUACCAAGUAUCUAAAAGUUGAGAAGUACAUUCAAAUCACUAUGAUCAAAGUCCUCCAACUGAGAAGUGAACAGCAGUUAUGUAAACCCUGUUCUCUGCCAUCGACAUUCCUGAACACACCAUAGCUAAUAGAAAAGACCUGAUUAGACCAGAUUUCCUCCUUACUCAUCAUGAUUUAUUUCUGGACUAUCUAGCUUUAUUUUUGCCUUUAUAAAUUACUUUCAGGAUUAAAGGUUUAUAGUAAUAAACCUAAGUUAUUGGACCAUCACUUUUGUAAAGGCAUUUAAAGGUGAUUUUCAGGUUUAAUUACAAUACUGUUAAAAAAGGGUAAAGUUUCACAACUGACAUUAGACUGAGGAUCAGCUAAUGAAUGAUCUCUGUUUUCCCCGCAAGGGUUAAUGUACAGAUAGUGAAAACUGAACAUUAAUGCAAGUUCUUUUUUAAGCUUCAGUGGUAGCUCAGCCAUUAAGAUAGUUUAUAUCCAUUUCCCCAUUUAUUUAUAAUCAGCCUUUCUUUCAAUCCUAGUGCCUGAAUCAAUGAGUAUGGACACUAAUGCUGCUUCUUUAUAGUAAUAAUACCUAACAGUAUUGAUGCUUUUCAUUUUUCAACCAGGACUCUAGCGCCCAGCUGCUGGCACUCUUGACAGAGAUCAGUGGGAGUUAGAGACAUUUUACAGAUAUCAAAGAAUUGAGCUGCUAGAGGGAUGAUUAGGUUUACUAAUUAUUCUCCAAAAAAAUCUCUUGGAGCAAAAAUGAAUUUCUUGCCACAAAUAAAUCAGUGUUGGGGCUCCAGUACAACUAAGAUGGUAAGCAAUCCAGGUACUUAAAACAAUAGCAAAACCUUCAUUUGGGCCCCCUUGGUAAUUCUGACCAACAUGAGGCAUUUAACGUAAAGUAAAUGUAUUAUGGUCAGCAUGUUUCUCAUAAGAAAAGAGUAGACAUGCCUAAAUCUAAUAAGGACAGGGGACAGGGACAGUUUCUCAAAGUCAAAAGCUGAGGAACAGUCCAGAAGACUAUGCACAUUGGAUUUCAUGAUGAAAUCUUACUUGUUCAGAUGGGAAGAUGAUUUUCCUCUUCCAUUCAUCUUUUAACACACGUCUCUUGUUUAGAUUUCCCUUGAAAGUUUAUUUGGCCAUCCACAUGGUUUUAUAAUGGACAAGCUUUGCCAUCUAUUCCUAUUAAAAUGUACCAUCUUCUAAAUGGGGGUACAUUCCUUACUCCACAGCCAGUGGGGCUCAGGUCUUCCCCUUUCCCACCCAUCAUCUGCCAAGUAUUCAGGCAGAACAGCUGCUACAAUCAGGAAGGCAUCGAGAACUUCUCUGAUGCAUACCGUGCACCAGCAUUCAGCUCUGAUGGAAAUCAGGUCACAAAUGAUAGUGUCAGAAAACUACAGGGAACCCCCUAGAAACGGAGACUCAGGGGAGCUGUAUUGCAAAGGUGAUUGUUCAGAAUCUUAUAGACUUGUGCUGUCUAUAAAUGACCAAAUAAAUCAGGCUUGCACCUGGGAGCUUGGAGAAAAACUCUGUUUCUCUAUGAGUACUUUGAGCCCACAAGUUUCCAGACUGAUAAUAUCCUUACCCCUUGAUCAUUUGAGUUUUGACUAUUGUACCUGAUUAUGGGUCAAGAAGACAGUAAGACUGGCACCCCCUGCCCUGGCUCCUUUGCUUCCUUUUCCCUGGAGCCUUGCCUAACAACCCCUGUGGGAUCUCAUUCCCCCAAAUUUUGGUACUCUUCUUCCUAAGUGCAAAAUAGAGAUACUUAUUGUUAAGAUCCUACAGCUGAAAGGUGCUAUGUAACUCCUAGUGCUCUUAUAUGUCUUUAAUUGCAGGACUGGAAUGAAAAGUUUAACCAUAGCAGUAUUUCUAAGCAAACUAAUAUGCUCCAUUCGUUCUUCCAUAUUCUCACUACUGAUCUUUUUUAUUUUUCCUUACCAAGUCUAGAGUAUUUUGUUAAAUGUUCUUCUGUUUGUUCCAACAAUAUCCUUGGGAAAAGACAGAGAUUAUUUUUCCCAUGGCAAAGGUAAAAGAGAUGAAGUGCUCUCCAAAAGCACAGAGAUGUAGUUCCGUUGCUACAUCCAGUAAACUUGUGGAGUGAUAUGGCUUCCUAGUAGUAGAAUUACCAUGGCAUAACUUAGAGUACUGACAGCAAUUGGGACAGGAUGACAUCUCCAAAGUCCCUCUGAGUCCAAAAUCUUGAAGUAUGCAAUUUAUACAACUCUCAUUUUCUAAUGCAAUAGGUGCCUCUUUAACCCCUUCACUAACCCCAGGUGAUACAAAUGUUCCACAUUAUAUGGCAUCAGCCAGUGCUAUAAUUUGUUAUGGCAUGCAUAGAGCCCAAUUUCGGGACUGUUUUUCACCAAUGAAAAGCAUGUAUUUCAUCGUGUUCAUGCCAAGUUGCACAAAGUAAAGACAUUGAAGUGGAAGGAGGUUUAAGCACAAGCCCAGCAGGUAUGUUUUAAGAAUAUUAACUAGUGGGCACUGGUGGUUCAUAUAAUCUAUAAUCCUAGCU